AUGAAGUCCUUCGUUUUCACCGUCGCCCUCGCGGCAGCUGCCUCUGCCACGCCGGUGCAGCCUGCCAAACGCGCCACCGAGACCGUCGUCCCCACCUCUUGCUUCGACUCGUACGAGAGCUUCGAGUCCUACUUCAACUACCUUUACCCUUGGGGCUCCGACCAUAAUGGCGGCGCCCGCAUGGUUGGCAACAGCAGCGACCAUGACUACAUCAGCAUCAACGACCCGGGCACCCUGACCUUGACUGCACACCCCGUCACCGGCGAGCCGGCCACGAGCAGCGGCGUCGCCAUCAACUACCUUUCUGGCACCGUGCAUGCCAAGGACCAGUUCACCGUCGAAGAAGGCGGAGGCUAUGACUUCAAUGUCGAGCUGCAGGCCACGACCACCUACGGCACGUGGCCAGCGUUUUGGCUAACUGCUGUCGAGGGCUGGCCCCCAGAGAUCGACUUGGCUGAGUGGAAGGGAAGCGGCAAGGUUUCCUUCAAUACCUUCAACACGUCCAGCGAAGUCACUGCCAAGGAUGUGGACUAUCCCGACUCUGGAAACUUCCACAGCUUCAAGGCCGAGCUGCGCGAUGAGAACGGCAGCGACGUCUCCAUAAAAUUCUAUAUGGAUGACACCCUGAUCACCGAACAGGUCGGAGCCGGCUUCACCGGUGCGGCUAUGUGGCUGAUUAUUGAUCUCCAGAUGGAAGGUUCGUCGGGCACGUCAGGUCCUGACACCGACACGACCUUCUCGGCGAGAAACCUGGAGAUCAUCUCUUAUAACCCGUGAAAUGACGGCGGCAACCCGUCGGCAUCAUCGGCAUGGGAGACUCGAAUGCACUCAUUGUCAACUACCGGGCGUAAAUAGCGGAUCCGAACAGCACAGGGGAG